AUGUUUGAAACUAAUUCAAAAAAAGACCUCACUCAAACUAAAAUCACCGUACAACCUAGUAGUUCAGAGGACGAACAAGAAAACACAGAAUAUCACAACGAAAGAUUGUCCACUGAUUUACAAUUGGGUUUGGAAAUGGUUAGGAAUUUCAGCGCUGAGAAUGUAGGCAAAGAGGACUUGGAAGGUAGUAUUAAAAAUGAUAAAAUACAGGACCAACAACAAAUAAUUAGUGAAAUUGAUUCUUUUUCAUCUUUUGGGGACGACCUUGAUGAAUCUGAUGAAACUAUUUGGGAGGGGGAUCCAUCUUUAUUACCUAACUCACCAUUUCCAGAAGUUAGAAGUUCAGUCCCUAACUAUGAUGAUGAAGCCGAUACCACACUGAAUCAUUGGAGGACUUGGUUUUUAGUCACUAUAUUUGUAGUUGUUUUCGCUGGUGUUAACCAAUUUUUUUCUUUAAGAUAUCCAACCCUAAGUAUAGAUUUUCUUGUUGCUCAGGUAGUUUGUUUCCCCGUGGGUAAAUUAUUAUCUCUGUUGCCAGAUUGGUCCUUUCACUCCAAAAAUACUGCUUUCAACAAUUUUUUUAAACUUAACCCAGGACCCUUUACUAAAAAGGAGCAUGCGGUCGUUACUAUUGCUGUAGCUUUGACCGCGUCUACAGCGUAUGCCAUGAACAUUUUGAUUGCGCAAACUAAUUUUUAUAAUAUUAAAAAUUUAAAUGCAGGAUACCAGUUAUUGGUGGUCUGGACUUCGCAGAUGUUAGGAUAUGGUGCCGCUGGAUUAACUAGAAGAUGGGUUGUUUAUCCAGCAAGUUGCAUUUGGCCUCAAACUUUGAUUUCAGUUUCACUAUUCCAAGCUUUACAUUCUAAGAAAAUCGAUAAUGAAGUAGUCAACGGUUGGAAACUAUCUCGAUACAGAUUUUUGGCUAUUGUUUUCACUGUAAGCUUUGUUUGGUAUUGGGUUCCUGGGUUUUUAUUUACAGGCUUAAGUUAUUUUAAUUUUAUAUUAUGGGGAAAGAAGACUAGAUACAAUUUUAUUGCCAAUACGCUUUUUGGCACGCAAAGUGGUUUAGGGCUACUUCCAAUAUCUUUUGAUUAUACACAGGCAUCCCAAGCAAUGUCAGGAUCAGUUUUUGCUACUCCAUUUUGGGUAAGUUGUAACACUUAUGCUUCCGUUUUGUUUUUUUUUGGAAUGAUAUUACCCAUUCUAUAUUUUACGAACACGUGGUACGCCAAGUACAUGCCCGUUAUAUCUGGUUCUACAUAUGACAAUACACAGGCAAAAUACAAUGUUACCAAAAUUAUCAACUCAGACUACUCUAUUAAUUUUGAAAAAUAUAAGCAGUAUUCACCUCUUUUUGUUCCAUUUUCUUAUUUAUUGACCUAUGCUUUAAAUUUUGCCGCGGUCAUUGCGAUAUUUGUUCAUUGUUUUGCGACUGUUUGCGGCUGGAGACACGUUAUUGAUUUUCCCGCUUGGGCUUUUGUUAUUGCAUUAUUAAUAUCCUUUGUUAAUUUUAUCCCACAAGGGAUUUUAGAGGCAUUGACUAAUCAGCAUAUAGGUUUAAACAUCAUAACUGAAUUGGUUUGUGGUUAUAUGCUUCCUUUAAAGCCUAUGGCCAAUGUAAUGUUUAAAUUAUAUGGUUUCAUUGUUAUGAGACAAGGCUUAGGAUUAAGUAGAGAUUUGAAAUUAGCAAUUUAUAUGAAAGUACCACCAAAAUUAAUUUUCUGUGUACAAAUCUAUGCCACUAUAAUCAGUGGUUUGGUAAAUGUUGGAAUCCAAGAGUGGAUGAGAUCUAACAUUAAAGACUUGUGUUCUUCAACACAAUCUGAUGGUUUUACAUGUUCUAAUGGCAGGACCAUUUUCAAUGCAUCGAUUAUUUGGUCACUACCAAAAUAUUUAUUCAGCCCUGGUAGAAUUUACAAUCCCUUAUUAUGGUUUUUCCUAAUUGGAUUACUAUUGCCUUUACUUGUAUUUUUUGUACAAAAGUCAAAAAUAUUUCCCAAAUCUGAAUUUAUUAAUAAAAUUCACACACCUAUUUUUUUCACUGGACCAGGCAAUAUCCCUCCAAGUACCCCUUAUAAUUACUCGUUAUUUUUCGCUAUUAGUGCUUCAUUAAAAUUUAUUAGAACUAAAUGGCCUAGAUGGUUUAGCAAAUACAAUUUCGUUUUGGGCAGUGGUGUUGAAUCUGGUGUAGCUAUAGCUGUUGUAGUUAUUUUCCUAUGUGUACAGUAUCCAGGAGGGAAACUUAACUGGUGGGGGAACGAAGUUUGGAAAAAUACUUAUGACAAUGAUUAUAAAAAGUAUUAUACUUUAAAAGAAGGGGAAACCUUUGGAUAUAAUAAAUGGUGGUAG